UUAUUGAGUCAAUAACUUUAAACCAUGAGAAACACUCAGUAGCUUGCAGAAUAUAUUAAAUAACUCGAACAUGAUCGAUUAAACUCUUGAAAUUUCCUAUUAAAAUGUGACCAGUACCAGCCAAUUUGCACUUGAUGGCAAUAACGAGCACAUGUAGCUUUUUAGAAAGAAUAAAAAAUAAAACAGAAGAAGACUAGCAAAAAAGAAAAAAUGGCGGCCGUCAUGAGAAGCAUGGUUUGCCUUUUCCCCAAACAGCUUCUUUCAAAAAGCUGUGGCUUAAUAGUGGAACCAAGACGUUUUGUCCGCGGACUGAGGAGAAAACCUGCCAAGGUUUUAUUUCCUGAACAGCAGACGGGUAAAGUGGUGAAGCCAGCCCCAGAGAGCGAUCAGACUGCAGUAAACCCACAGAGGAAGAAGACAAAUGUCACCUCUGCGACAGCGCAAACGGACAAAAAGAACCCUGUGAGGAUAAGAGAUGAUGCAGAUUCGACUGUGCAGCAUCCCCGGGCUGCUGGCACGAAAGAUCAAGUUGAUGGGUUGCGCUUUGAAAGGGCUUCUCAGGGAGACAAAAGGCUGGCGAAGCUAGUGAGUGUUGCUCGGUCCAGGACAUUUCGGGAGCACCAGGGUAAAAUCCUCCUGGAGGGCAGGCGUUUAAUCUGCGACGCUCUGCACGCUGGAGCCAUGCCGCAGACGGUGUUCUUCAGCACAGUGGAUCGACUCAGAGAGCUGCCCUUGGACAAACUGAAAAGAGCUGCGUUGGUGAAAGUCAAAUUUGAGGAGAUCAAACUCUGGUCUGACGUUGUGGCGCCACAGGGAGUGAUAGCAAUAUUUUCUCGGUCCGACCCGUCACGGCUGAAUUAUGCAAACAAAGGUCAGUCGGUGGGACUCUCUCUCAUCUGUGACAACAUUCGGGACCCUGGUAACCUUGGGACGAUGCUCAGGUGUGCUGCAGCUGCUGGUUGUAGUAGCAUCCUUCUAACAAAAGGCUGUGUGGAUGCUUGGGAGCCAAAAGUCCUGCGUGCUGCAAUGGGUGCACACUUCAAGCUUCCCAUCUAUCCUAACCUGGAAUGGGGUGAUAUUGAAAACCAUCUUCCAGCAUCUGUGACUGUCCAUGUAGCUGACCACAACUGUGGCUCUGAGACGGAACUAGAUCUGUUGCAAAAACCUACCAAAGCAGGAGACUUUGGGUGGGUCAGCUCAAAACCCAAUCCUAAAAAUGUAUGUCAUGAAGAAUAUAACUCCGACUCAGAUUCUGAUGACGAUGGACUGUCAGUGCCCAGAGUGGACGCCAAAGUGUACUACGAGAACUGGGCCCAGACACCCACUGCUCUGGUUAUAGGGGGUGAGACACACGGCCUUAGCUUAGAAGCAGUCCAGUUAGCGGAGAAAACCGAUGGUCUCAGGCUCUUCAUUCCCAUCGUUCCUGGUGUCGACAGUUUGAAUUCAGCCAUGGCAGCAAGCAUCCUUCUGUUUGAGGGCAGAAGACAGCUGUUGAAAGUGCAGCAGGCAUCUGGAGAGAAGAGGAAAACUAAAGCUCAGCGGUAGAGGAUGUGACUUAUUGUAAUAUUUGCUUUAAAUGUCAAACAUCUUAAAACCUGUUUUGUAACAAAAAUUAAAAUCUUAUUUAGUUCAAGUAUUUUUCUCAUCUUUGGGAUUUUUAACUCGUCUUUUUUUUGUUUUUACUAGAUUGUAACCACAAUUUUUUGUUGUAUUUAAAAAAAAAAAUUAAAUAUCAAGACAGCAAAAAGUCCCCUUUGGCAGUUUAAAUGAAUGAAAUGCAUGAAACGAACAAAAAGUUUUUUUAUAUGUAUAUUAAAAGUAAUGCAUUUUUUUUCUGUAUUAGGAUUUUUGUCCUAAAAACAAUACUUAUUUCUCACCUGAAUAAAAAUAAACAGUGAUAAAUGUACUAAAUGGUCAUUCAGUAAAGACAGAUGUCGUUCUUAAGGAAUAAAAAUAACUGAUUUAAAUAACUGAUUUUUCUUAAAUUAAGAAUGUAGAGUCAAAUCUUUGAUUUUUUUUUUUUUUUGGUCCAAAAAAGCUUUUUACCAAAUCUUACAAGACGGUCAAACAUUUUAGAAAGUGUGAAGACGUUGGAGCCUCAAGAGGUUUGGAGAGUAAUCAAAGCAUUGUAAUGCACAAAAAAAAAAAAAAAA